CUUCCGCACACGUGACCCUGUGAGUUGACUAGCCAAACACGGCAGAAUCUAGCUAGUAGCAUAGCACACACAACACACAGCGAGGCCAGGCGACAUGGACCACCGUCGCAUGGACAGGGUGGGCCUCCUGUCCCCCCUGGAGGAGUCGAGCGCCGAGAUCAGCCGAGACAGCGGCAUCGUCUCGCAGAGUGCCAGCAGCCUGUCGAUGGUGAGCGACAUCCUCAGCAGCGGCACAGUGUCGCAGAGCCCCAGCUUCGGAGCGUCGGCUAAUGUCGUCUCGCCGAGUCCAAGCCUCCACGACGCCGAGCAGUCUCACCAGCACGACCCGGGACAGGACGACGAUGCUCUGACCCAAACGACCCUCAUGUAUUCCUCCUAUGUGAGGGCGACGGCCGGAGAAGAGAUUCUGUGCUUAGAGAAAAGCCUGGAGGAAAUGCUGACAAGAGUGGACGAGUUUGUUGGAAUGCUGGAUAUGAUCCGUACUGAUACCUCCCAGAUAGUAAAGGAAAACCUACCUCAAAUCCAACAGAAGUCUGAGGAAAUGAGACAAAUAUACAGACGGAUAGACAAUUUAGAGAGCUUCGUAAAGAUGGUGGGAGCUAACGUCAACGCCAUGGAGGAGCAGGUCACGCAGGCAGAAGGAGAACUGGGAACGCUACCGGGCGCGUUCAAGAAGAUCCUCCGCACAAUGAGCGUCCCGGGCUUUUUAAACAAACCAAACAGCCCGAGAAAAACAGCGCCACAGCAGCACCAAGAAGUCCCCAGAGUGUUCCGCACGGACGAUUACAUCACAUCUCAGCCUGAGCAGUGACACGGCUGCAGCACUAUGACCUCAAGAGAGACUCCCGGAGAAAGCGUU